AGUUUCAUCAUUCCAUUCUUCCAACAAAAGGACUCAACCAUUAGCUCAAAAUUAAACACAGACAAAUCCUUCCCGACCCUUCGGAAGUCGGAAGGACUGAGAGGCCAAAAGAAGGACAAAUCUUCCAGGGAAGGACGGUUUGGUCACUCUAGAUAUAUGCCGUUAAAAGAGUACAAUUUGGAGAAACAAACAAUUCUCAAAGAAGUAAAAUGUUUAGCAAAACUGGAUUCAGAAUAUGUGGUUAAGUAUUAUCACUCAUGGCUUGAGUCCAAUCAUCUCUUUAUUCAAAUGGAGUUCUGUUCGCAAAGUCUUAAAUCUGUUCUCAAAGACAAACCCAUUGUCUUCGAGAGACAACCGGACGAAGCGAUGAAUAUAUUUGAAUAUUUCAUUAGUUGUGAAAUAUUUAAAGAGCUCUUAGAAUGUGUUGAAUAUCUCCACGAAUCCAAUCCUCGACUCAUUCAUCGGGAUCUCAAACCCGACAAUAUAUUGAUUGAACACAACGUUAGAAAUAAUCGUUUUGUAAAACUCUGUGACUUUGGUUUAGCCACUGAUCACGUGAUUUCAUCCAUGAGCCACACGGCAGGUGUGGGUACUUCACAAUACAUGGCUAUUGAAACCCAUCAGCGCCGGUACACAACCAAAUCAGACAUUUAUAGUCUGGGCGUUAUUGCACAGCAUUUGUUUGAUUUAUUCAAUAUCGAAAAUCCGUUACAAAAAUAUAAUUUUUCUCCAAUUUCGGGUAAAUUUUACAAAUAUGCAAUGAUUCGGUCAAUGGCUGAGUCGAUGCCCAACAACCGGCCCUCUGGUUCGGGUGCCUUUGCAACUGUAUAUAAAGUAAGUCAUAGAUUGGAUCAACAAAUAUAUGCCGUGAAAAUGAGACAAAUUAAAGAACUCCUGGAAUCUGUAAAAUAUAUUCACGAAUUAAAUCCAUCAAUAAUUCAUCGUGAUAUAAAACCUAAUAAUAUAUUGGUAUUAAAUAAUCCUAACGAUUCUAGGUUUUUAAAAUUGUGUGAUUUUGCUCUGGCAACUUAUGAUGGGCAAACUCACAGUCAAGGAGUGGGUACUCGACAAUAUACGGCACCAGAAGUGGGCAACUCUAAAAUAUACGACACUAAAGCUGAUAUUUACAGCGUUGGAAUUAUGGGAAUG